AUGAGCAGUGUGAUAACUCGAGCCGAAGCACGUAGGAGGAUGGCGGCCCAGCAGGGACCCAACCCGGGGCAAGGAUGGUCGGCAGCCCGGCCUACCCGAACUCCGUGGCGGUCCCUGAAACGGGCUCGCGCCGUAGAGUCUUCGCCGGAGCCCAUUAUGAGCUCGGACAGCGAUGUCGAGAUGGUGGAUGACCCCAUCACAGAGCAGAGGGAGUGGCGGCUCCGCAAGGCGACGAGGGAUGGUCGCAUCCCACCCGGGACGUCGGCUGUUGGGGGCCAAACCCCCGAGAUCAGAGACGAGGAGGCAACGCCAUCAAGUGGCCACAUCGAGGCGGUCAGCCGGGCCAUGGCUCAGAAGCAGGCGGGGCCUGAGGUCCGAGAUCCGGCGGAGCAAGAGCGGGAGCAGGAGCCCGAAAGGAAGGCCAAACUGCACCGCCACCACGUGGAGGCGGCCAUUCGGUGGCACGCCAAAUUGAAGGAGGCGGAGGAGGAAGAACGGCGGAUGUGGGAGGUCCCGCCAACGCCCCGAUAUUUGGCGGAGGAGCCCGCGGCGGAAGGGAAGGACGAGGAGGAAGAGUGGACACCAUCUCCGCCGAGAUGGUUGCCAGAGGUGCCGCCGACGCUACGGUACGAACCGAAGUGGCACUUCGGCGAGGAACCGGUGAGCGAGGAAGAGGCGCCGAUGGCCACGCCUCCAUGGCGGCCGGAGGUGCCGCUGACGCCCCGGGGCGACCCGGAGGGGCAUCGCGACGAAGACCCGGGGAACGGAGGAGAAGUGCCGAGGGCUACACCCCCAUGGCGGCCAGCACGGCCACCUACCCCGCGGUACCCCCAGCCCGAGCCAAGUACACCGGAAACUCCAUUCCCCACAACGGAGGGGUCGACGACGGUGAGGACCGACGUACCGGCGGCCCACGUCAGCCACAGCACGCGGGCAUUUAUUGCCGAGGGUGUGCGGUGGCGGCAGCAGUCGGUGGUGUCGACGUGGCCGGAGGGACCAGUGACGGAGGCAGACGGGGAUAAGCCGCGUAUAUGGGAGGAAGAGGCCCCCCACAUGAACCCGAGGGAUCCCCGGAAAAGAGGCCGGCCGGACGCAUGGGCCCCACCGACGCCGAGUACGGGGCCGUGCGACAUGAAGGAGGCAACACACUCGGAGGAGCCAUUGGAGAAAGGACCCUGGGUGUGGCCAGUCGAUCAGUCGAUCAUAAGGAGUCAAUCCAGCUCCAGAUCCGUAGACAAGCAGUAA